GCCGCGGCUAUAAAACGAGAAGAAGUCGACUUCCUCUUCCAGCUCAGUUUGCAGAAGUUAAACGCCAGAGCACGAAUGGACAGCGGCGUUCAAGGCGGCAAAGCGUACGGCCUCCUCAAGUGCCACCAGGAGGAAAAACUGAACGCCGUCAACGAGGCUUUUCUAGCCGAUGAGCAGUAUGCAGACGUGGAAGACCUCGCCUUGAAGCUGGACCUGUUUAAAAAAAAAUACGUGGAGUUUGACCUCAACGACAAAGGGGACAUCGACAUGAUGGGCUUAAAGAGAAUGCUGGAGAAACUGGGACUGGCCAAGACUCACCUGGAGUUGAAGAAGAUGAUGUCCGAGGUCGUCGGCGGAGAGUCCAAGGAGACCAUCUGCUACGCCGAUUUCUUGGAUAUGAUGCUCGGGAAGAGGCACGCCAUUUUGAAACUGAUUCUCAUGUUUGAAGGCAUGAGCAAAGAGGAGAAGAGACCAGAGGGACCGGCUUCUCGCAAAACCUUCUCGCAACUGCCUUGAACCACCUUCCCCCCCAAAAAAUAAAAAAAAAAUCCAUAACUAACACAUCAUAGGUCCCCCUUAUUAUUAGGGAUAGGCAAAAUAAUUGAUUCAUUUGGGCAAUUGUGUGGUAUUGAUUAUUCUUGUCUGGAGCUCAAAAGGGGGUGUAAUAAUUUGAACCAGUUUGUCUAGUUUAGUGGUAAACCUUUUUUUUUUGUAUGAUUAUGAGGAAUGUUCAAAUGUUAAUUGGCUGUACAGUGAAUAAUAACAUCAAUAAUGGUGACAGUUCAAUACCAAACCAGUGUUGUAUUUUUUUUUUUUUUCAUUUUUUUUCAUCAUCAAUCCAUCCAUUUUCUUGCCGCUUAUCCUCACGAGUUUCGCGGGGCGUGCCGGAGCUUAUCCCGGCUGUCAACGCGCAGGAGGCGGGGUACACCCUGAACUGGUUGCCAGCCAAUCGGAGGACAAACAGUCACACUCACAAUCACACCUAGGGGCAAUUUAGGGUCCGAUUAGUGUUGCAUGUUUUUUUUUGGGGCAUGUGGAAGGAAACCGGAGUGCGCGGAGAAAAGCCACGCAGGCACGGGGGGAACAUGCAAACUCCACACAGGCGGGUCCAGGAUCGAACCCGGGACUUCAGAACUGUGAGGCCAACGCUUUCCAGCUGACCCACCGUGCCGCCUUAUAGAAUAUUAUUCAAGUAAUUAUUGUAUUUGCAAACAAUAACAGGAAAUUGUUGUGCCUCUCAAUAUACGUCGCCGGCAUAGAUAGAUGGGGGAAAAAAAAUCCCAUGAUAUGAAUUAUUUAAAUUAUAAUGUGCAACGGUAUUUGAGGAACAUUCAUUUCAUACUUUACUAUAAAAGUGUACAGACAGCAUCAAGAGACAGACUAAUGCUUAUUUUAUUUUUUUAAUAAAAGACAAAGAUGAAUCACAAAGCAACAAUAUUUUCCACCAUCUAAAAUCUAUUUUUUUUUUUUUUUCCCAUGUGAAAUUCCAAGUUCCUUCUGGGGAGGUUGCCGUUGUGGUAGCUACCGAGUUUGUGACCGGGACGAAGAAACGCGGGGUCUAAAAAACAAAACCAAAAAAAAAAAAAAAAAAAGGGAACUGCUGCGUUUGACAGCUUCUACCUUCUACAAAAAAAAAAAAAAAAACUUUAGACAGCGAGUGAGAGCAAAUCUACUUGAACUAUGUGCUCAAAGGCUUUACAAACUUUGUUGAAAGAAACUUUGUGACGUCUCUAAAAUGGAAGCCUGCAAAUCAGCUUUUUUUUUUUUUUUUUUUCCUUGAAACAUCACAGUACAUUAAAAUCACAUGAAAUAGUUGCUACUUUACAAAUAAUUUACUGUAUAGUAGAACAUGUAAAAAAAAAAAAAAAAAAAAGAAAAUUGUGCUCCUAUGACCAAAAAAACAGAACAAAAAAAAAAAAAAGCCACAUUUACCAAGACAGCUGCCUUCACCUUCCGCUUACGCUUCACGAAAACGAGUCACGAGCGCAACGUGUUCCCGCGAGAAUUUCGUUGGAAAUUGCACAAAACAUCCAACCAUCCAUUUUCCUUGCCGCUUAUCCUCACGAGGGUCGCGGGGAGUGCUGGAGCCUAUCCCAGCCGUCAACGGGCAAGAGGCGGGGUUCACCCUGAACUGGUUGCCGGCCAAUCGCAGGGCACAUGGAGACAACAGUUGCACUCCCAAUCACACCUUGGGGCAAUUUAGAGUCACCAAUUAAUGCAUGUUUUGGGGAUGUGGGAGGAAACCCGAGUGCCCGGAGGAAACCAUGCAAACUCCACAAAAACUGUACAAAAGAUGAUGAGCAAUGUUCGGUUAAAUGUGAAACACGAGAUUUAUUUACCCGGAGAUGUAAAUGGGUGUCAAACUCGUUUUUGUCGCGGACCUCAUUGCAGUUACGGUUUACCUCGGAGGGCUGUUUUGACUGUGAAACCAUAAAAGUCAUUUGCCUCAUCAUAUUUACACGUGAAAUUUAUGAGCUAGUUUUUGAAAUCUUGAAAUCAAGGUUAAUGUGUCUUUAAAGUAUUCCUGAUGCUUGGGUACACAAACAAAAAUCAUGGAACGUUCAUACUCAUAUUCUGGCUUGGCGGGCCACAUACAAUCAUGCGGCGGGCCAGAUCUGGCCCCCGGGCCUUGAGUUUGACACCAGUGGCUUAGGGUCUAUGGAAAAUAUGAUU